CUUUGAAGUGAUGGGGGGAACAUCUAUGACACUCAAAGGGGCCCUCUCACCCAUAAUGGUCAAAUUAAAGGAAACAAAAAGGGAAGUACAUCCCCUCUUUCCUCACCCAAUAUUUCGGCCAGCACCAAGAAAAAGGAGAGAGGAAGCUCUGCAACUCCAUACUCCAUAACAAGGACAAGCUCAAACUCAAGAAGGUUCAAGGAGGAAAUUUAAAGAAGGAAAAAGAAGGAAAAGUGAGGUGUAUUAAGGAACUUGUAUAAGGUAUUUCAAGGGCUUUCACGAAGUUGAAAGAGUCGCCAGAGUUGUCGCCGGAGUUCGUCAAAAGUCGCCGGAGUUUCGCCGGAGGUCAACCAAGAGGGGUAGAACUUCAUAGCGCGAAUUCGAGAUGAGGAUGACUGACUAUAUUGCUUAUAAUUAGUGAGUUAAUUUCAUGAUAUUACCUAAGGUAAUCAAAUAUGUUUUUAUGUAUAAUUAAUGAUUAAUAAUGCCUAAAAAUGAGAAGACUAUUGUCUACAAAGAAAAAGAGCAUAAUAUACAAAUUUAAGAAUAAAUGGUGUAUGAUUAUGUGUUAUGAAUAUGUUGACUUGAGAAUGGAAUUAACUAUGAACUUUAUGUUGAAAUAUACUUUUUACCUCGUAUAAGAAUAUAUGAGUGAUUAAAAGUUAUAUUUUGUAUAUUGAUAUGAACUAUAUUUUCAAUGAGAAAUUAGUUUGGAAAUUGUCUAUAUGACUAUGAAUUGAGAAUUCGGUUGAUAGAAUUUAUCCGACUAGUAUUAAAAUACUAGUCAGGGUAUUGGAAGGAGAUUAUGCUAAAAUUGAUCCUAAGGUUGGAUUGUGAAAUAGUGAACCUUAAGUAGUCUUGAGCGAUGCUAAGGUAGACAUGUAUGAACUUUAAGUUAUACUAAGGGUAGACCUUAAGGGAUGCCCAAGAUAAAGUGAAUAAUAAAUUGAUCCUAGAUAUAGGGUUGGCCUACGGGUGUAGUCGGUAAUCCUUGAGGAUAGCCGGUUGAAUUAUAAUAAAUUGAUCCUAGAUUUAGGAUUGGGCCUACGGGUGUAUUCGGUAGUUCUUGAGGAUAGCCGGUAGAAUAUUGGUAAAUAGUAAGGACCAUGGCCCUUCCCGACUCUAGAGAGCGGGGUUGGAUAGCAUAGACUUACAUCGUGAUCACGGGUUAGGGUGGAAUACGAACCGGAGACCUUACGAUGCUCCCGACAGCGGUAACACUUGAGAUAAGACCCCGAAUGGAUCUUACCUAUCUACGGGAUGAUGAGUAUGAGUCCAGGGGCGGGAUGUUGGACUCCGGCCCGAGAGCCCGAUGAGGCCUCGGAUGGCGGUGACAAGUCUCGUAAGGAUGAUAAGACCUACGGGCGGUGUCAUGUUAACGACGAUUGUUAUAGAACAUAAAAAGGGGCCCGAGUGCCCACAAAUUAAUUAAUUAACUUAUUAUGAGGAUAAUAAGGGUUAAAGAAGAACUAUCAUUAGAUUAUGAUAUCACUCUAUUUGAGGGUCUUAGAAAUUGAAACAUUGAUUAUACUUAGUAUAGUUGUCAUUGUACUUUUCAAAUGCUUCAAAGUACUGACCUCCCCUUCACGGGGGGGGGGGGGGGGGGGGGGGGGCAUCUCACAGUUUCAGGCAGAACUUGAAGUUGCUACCAUCACAUGUUGCUUCGAGAAAUCAAGGAGAGAAGACGUGGUUCGUGCUUCCUCCAUUUCUGUUUUAAAAACAACUGUAUUAAUGCUCAUGGAUAUUUUACUUAUUAGAAACUGCUUUUGGGCUUGCAUGCCCAUGUUGUUGGCCGUAUGUGGCUUAUGACUUACCGUUGAAUAUUUCCGCAAUUCAUUGGUUUUAAUGUGAUGUUGUUAUGUAUGUUUAA